AGCAUUGGCCUUCAAGAGGAUCUGCCCAAAAGCAGCAUGCGGGGAAAUCGUUGAUGAGAAAACCGGUGUUGAAAUGAGAAAGAAGAAAGUACUUACUUACGGUACUUAAAUUAUAGAACUCCGUUGUUCUCCCUUUUUUAUUUUGUUUCUUUAGCCUCCCCCUUGCUUAUUUUUUUUUACCAGGACAUAUGUAUAUGUAUAUAUAUGCUGGUCCCUCGAUGAGGCGUCGUCGACGAUGACGAGCUGGACAUGUGUCAGUACGUGUCUGGUCGCUUUUUGUGUCGUCGUUGGCGUCACCGACGCGUUGAUUUGGUGCGAAUCGUGCGGCAGCCCAAGCGAAUGCCGUCAUGGGCCAGUGCAGGAUAUUCGAUGCUUUCACAGCAACUCCUGCAUGGUCCGAUUCGAUCCCGCGAAUCACGGCGCCGUGACGAAGAAGGGUUGCGGAGGGACACAGUUCAACGCGCAUUGCAAAAGCUUUAUGAUGCCAGGGAUCAAGGAUCCCGUGACCGAAUGUUACUGCGGCCCGUACGACUUAUGCAACAGCGCCGCCAUGACAGUGUCACCAUCCUCUUCACUGACUGUGGCUCUUUGUGCAGCUCUUUCGGGUCUCGCUGCGACGAUGGCUGCUCCCUACUUUAACUCCUAUCACUGUUUCUGAUGAUGAUAUAGAGGCGUUAUAGCUCGGAGAAUAAAUUUGGGAGAUUGCAAAUUUGCAUGAAUUUUAUGGCCAGUUAUAUACAGAACAGUGUUCCACAACCAUUUUGGUCCCAUGGAUG